AUGGAAGCACCAAACCACGAAGCUGGUGGCCCAAAGCGGGAUCAUCGACGGAUAUCAGAUCAAGGGAGCAGUGAAAGCGUCAGCAUUGACCGGUUUGCUACACCAACAGGUGACGGUGCUGGACCCAAUAGACUGACAGCCGCUGCGCUUGGCGUGCUGAACGCUUGGCACGUUGACAACGGGGCUCCCGUGUCGUUAAGCAUUGACACUGGCCUUAGCGACGCCGAUUCAGCUUUGGGUAUCGAUGCCGAUAGAGCUUCUUCAUCUGCCUCAGUGACAUCGAGCAUGUACAGGUUUGUAGAAGAGUUUGGCAGGACGUAUCACAGAUAUAAGGAAGGCAAAUAUUUCCUCCCCAACGACGAGAAAGAACAAAGCCGCCUGGACCUACAGCAUGCAAUCGCCCUCCGUAUCUUCAACGACGAACUCGGCCUGGCCCCCGUCUCCAAGCCCCACCGCGUUCUCGACAUCGGCACCGGGACGGGCAUCUGGGCAAUAGAGUUCGCAGAUAGGAACCCGGAAUCAGAAGUGGUGGGCACCGACCUCAGCCCGAUCCAACCCGAAUACGUCCCCGCCAAUUGCCGUUUCGAGAUCGACGAUGCAGAAGACGAGUGGGUCUUCGGGCAAAGGUUCGAUUACAUCCACGGCCGGUACAUGUGCACUUCUAUCUUUGAUCUUCCGAAACUGUUCGGUCAAGUGUACGACAACUUGAAUCCAGGUGGAUGGGUCGAAUUCCAGGAGACGGUGAUCGACUUCAGGGCUGUGGAUAACUCUCUGGAAGGCACUUCGCUCAGGCGGUGGAACGAUCAUCUUCUGGAGGGCAUUCGGAAGGCUGGACGUGAUGCGCUAUCGCCAUUCGAGUAUGCGAGGUACAUGACUAGUGCCGGGUUGCAGAACGUUCAGGAGAGACGCUUCGCAGUGCCAACUUCCCCCUGGGCGCGAGGCAGAAACCAGAAAAUCCUGGGCGCCAUGCAGAUGACGAACAACCUCGAAGGAGUGCAAGGCAUCACAAUGAAGAUCUUCACCCAAGUGCUGGGCUGGUCUCAGGAGGCAGUUGAGCUAUUGCUCGUUGACGUGAGGAGGGACAUGGCGGACAAGAAAAUCCAUGCGUACAUUACGGUCAUGUCCAUAUGGGGACAGAAACCGCAGUAG